CAAUAAUUCAACCCCGAAUCCAUUAGGAGGUCGACAUGCGGGGUCAUCCCAUUCGAAGGUGGCGGUCUGAUGCCGACUGAGUAGGCGAGCACGACAGGCGAACUCUUCCAGCAUUGAGGCAAUUGAACACGUACAGUAGUCGGCAGAUGCAUGGGCAGAUAGGGUGACUCAGCAAUCAGCAUUUUGUUCCCACAAUAAAUAAUUGACUGGGAGGCCAAGUCCUCUGCAGCGUCCCGCCUGGUGCUCAUCUACGCCGAUCACACUCCGACCUCUAUUGAUGAGCUUAGCUUAGCUGCUGCUCAUCACAAAGACAUUGCCUUCCAGGACUCUCAGGAUUCUGGAGUGAUAGUUGCCAGCCAUGACGACCAAUAACAUCAAGCUCGCCGAGUACAUAUUUGCCCGGCUAAAGCAGCUGGGAAUCGAGACGGUGCAUGGGGUGCCUGGAGACUACAACUUGGAAUUGCUGGACUACGUGGAACCAUCAGGACUGCAUUGGACCGGAAGCUGUAAUGAACUGAAUGGUGGUUAUGCCGCAGAUGGCUAUGCCAGAAUCAAAGGCGUGGGAGCUCUCAUCACGACAUUUGGGGUAGGAGAGCUCAGUGCGAUCAAUGCUAUUGCCGGAGCCUUUGCUGAACUGGCACCGGUCGUGCACAUCGUCGGGACACCUACUAGAGCACAGCACGAGUCCCGGAGCCUAAUCCAUCACACCUUGAAUGAUGGAGAAUACGGCCGCUUCGCUGAUAUGUACAAACAUGUCACAGUCGCUCAAGCUAAUUUGUCAGACCCGAGGACAGCUACGAGUCUGUUCGACGCCACGCUGUCACAGUGUCUACUACACCACCGCCCGGUAUACAUCCAGAUCCCCCUAGACAUGGUGCAUGCUGUUGUCAGUAGUGCACCUCUGGCAACUCCGAUCGAGGCUCCUCUGGCCAUCUUUUCCGGCAGCGAGGUUCCAGCUGUCGAUCUCCUCAAAGAGCGCAUAAGCACAGCUGUGAAGCCGGUCAUUCUUGUCGACGGCGAAAGCUUGGCUUAUGGAAUUCUGGAAGAACUUCACCAACUAAUUGAGACAACCGGCUGGCCGACUUGGACCUCAAAUUUCGGUAAAGGCUGCGUGGAUGAGACUCUACCCAACACAAGAGGUGUCUGGAAAGGCAACUGGUCGAGGAAAGAAGACCAGGAGUACGUAAGAUCUGCCGAUCUCGUCCUAUGCUUCGGUCCUCAUUUCAGUGGAACAAACUCAUAUUUCUACACUGGUAUUCCGCCAUCGAAGACGACAAUUUACUUCAAAUCCUCAUCCAUGACAGUCGAAGAUAAGAUUUUCAGAGACUUGCCUGUGAAGCAAUUCCUCUCAUUGCUUUUAAAACAAGUCGAUACCACAAAUCUGUCUUCACGAUCUACGAACCCAGCGCCCCAAGAAAUCAAAACACCUGCCAAAUUAGCAGACGACACGAAGUUAGACCAGCACAAUCUAUAUUCGGAGAUGCAACCCUAUCUACGCACAGGCGAUAUCAUACUCGGCGAGACUGGUACAGCAGGUUAUGGUGUACGAGAGCUGAGAUUGCCCAAAGCCGCCCGAUUGUUCAAGCCCACAACAUGGCUCUCAAUAGGAUACAUGCUGCCAGCGACCCAAGGAGCAGCUCUUGCGCAGCGUGAACUCGAUCAAGCUGGGAAAUGGCAGAGACACAACGACAAACUACCGCGCACGACUCUACUCAUUGGUGACGGCAGCUUUCAGAUGACAGCACAGGAGUUAAGUACGAUCAUCAAGGAAAAGCUCAACGUCACCAUCAUCCUACUCAACAACGAUGGGUACACAAUUGAGAGGUGCAUUCAUGGCAAAGACCAAGGCUAUAACGAUGUUGCGCGAUGGAGGUAUCUGAAUGCUCCGGCUUUCUUCGGCGUUGCGGCAGCAGAAGGAAGUGCGGAGGGAGAAUAUGUCGCCCACACGACUGUUGCGAAAACGGUAGGAGAGUGGCGGAAAGCUCUUGAUGAUGCAGACAAGCGUACGACUGCGGGUCUGACGAUGAUUGAGGUGAUUUUGGAUCGGGAAGACGCCAUGUCGCCAUUGUCUGAUUUGCUUGCAAAGCAGCUGUAGACAGCAUUGGAUAGAUCAUACAGCGGAUCUACACAUACCAGCCCCGAGCAAGAGGCGGCUCGACAGCUUGCUUCCCAUCAGCGAUCAUACACGAGAUAUUUCUCUUGCCUUGAGAUUCAAG